GAUUCACAACCCCGGGCAUGACACCGUGAGCGGACACAUGGCGGCCCCCAGCCGUGAACCAGGAACAAGCCACCGCAAACCGGCGACGCUCAAAUAGCGGCCUCGUUUCGUUUCUUUCGACCGAAUAUUCCGACUCCGACGAUAUCCACAGGCAGCUGCACGCCGCCUGUCAGUGGCGACGCCGCGCCGCAGCCUCCGCCGGCUCCAUUCGACCCCUAUUUCGCAGUUUUACAGUUAACUUCCAAGUUCCCGUCUCUCGGCUGGAGCCCAACAUGGGCGUCCAAGGCUUCCUAGAGUACAUUGAAAAGCACUGUCCCAGCGCCGUGGUGCCGGUGGAGCUCCAGAAGCUGGCCCGGGGCAGUCUGGUCGGAGGGGGCCGCCAGAGACCCCCUCAGAGCCCGCUGAGACUGCUGGUGGACGCCGAGAACUGCCUCCACCGGCUCUACGGAGGCUUCUACACGGACUGGGUCAGCGGGGGCCAGUGGAACCACAUGCUGGGUUACCUGGCCGCCCUCGCCAAGGCCUGCCUCAACGGCAACAUUGAGCUCCUGGUGUGCUUCAACGGCGCCCUGGAGAAAGGCCGCCUUCACGAGUGGGUCAAGCGGCAGGUGAACGAGAGGCAGGCCGCCCAGCAGAUCGUCAGCCACGUCCAGAACAAGGGCACCCCUCCGCCGAAAGUCUGGUUCCUCCCGCCCGUGUGCAUGGCCCACUGCAUCCGACUGGCGCUCCUCAGGUUCCGCGUCGGAGUUGUCCAGAGCAUCGAGGACCACCACCUGGAAGUGCUGUCCUUAAGCAGAGAGAGUGGCUUCCACGGCCUGGUGGCCCACGACUCUGACUACGCCCUCUGCAACGUCCCGCACUACUUCAGUGCCCACGCCCUCAAGCUGAGCCGCAAUGGAAAAAGCCUCACCACUAGCCAGUACCUGAUGCACGAAGUGGCGCGGCAGCUCGACCUCAACCCGAGUCGCUUCAUCGUUUUUGCGUCACUCUUAGGAAACCACAUGCUGCCUGAUGAAGACUUGGCUGCCUUUCACUGGAGCUUACUUGGCCCAGAGCAUCCAUUAGCAUCUUUGAAGGUGCGUGCCCACCAGCUUGUGCUCCCACCCUGCGAUGUUGUCAUCAAGGCUGUGGCAGAAUAUGUCCACGAUAUUCCAGACAUCACUGACCUGGAGGCCAUCGCUAAGGACAUCUUCAAGCAUUCACAGUCGUGCACUGAUGACAAAGUCCUCCGCUUCAAGAAGGCAGUGGAGUACUACUCGAUGGCCAGCAACCCCCCCCACUACCCUCCACAGCCAGUCAGACCAAGACUCACGGGAGUGCCUGCUGCAGUGCCAUCUCCAAAAAUGCUCAACAUUCCACAGGCGCAGCUGCCUGCAAAACCUGGGGUCCAGCACUCGUACCCAGAGCUUCCGGCGGAGCGCAGCCUGGCUGUGGACACAGUGGACAAAGGCCUCCCAGAGCAGAACAGCUUCAGCAACAUUCCUCCUGAAGGGAAGCACACACCGCUGUAUGAGAGGUCCUCUCCCGUCAGCCGGGGCCAGGCCGGGAGCCCCAACCACACAGAGGCGGCUUUCUUCAAUGCCUCCUCCACUUCCUCCUGCUCGGAGAAUGAUGAAAGCUCAGGCUCAACUGCCAAUCAUGUUAGUGACCAUAAGGGAGGAUGGGAGAGAAAUGGACACACUCCUCACUCUGAAAACACAUCAGAGGGACAACUGGGAGACCAAACAAAGACUGACCUCUGUGUGACCUCUGUUGUGAGCCCGGGGUUACAGGCUGCGGUUCCCCACAGCCUGAUCGGCCCGAUCCCCUCUCUGCUCUCCAUGCCCACUAGGAACCACAUGGACAUAACCAUCCCACCUCUCCCCGUCGUGGCCCCCGAGGUCCUGCGGGUGGCCGAGCACAGACACAAGAAAGGCCUCAUGUACCCUUGCAUCUACCAUGUUCUCACCAAGGGAGAGAUUAAACUGUCUGUCACCAUUGAAGAUGAAGCUAACAAAGACCUGCCUACAGCAGUGCAGCUGUUUCGACCUGUUCGUCAAUAUGUUUACGGAGUGCUGUUCAGCCUGGCAGAGGUCAGGAAGAGGGCUGAGAGACAAGCCAUGAGGAAGAACUGCCUCCCUGAACAUACACAUGUCAUGGUCAAAGAGUGGGCCGCCUAUAAGGGCAAGUCUCCCCACACUCCAGAGCUGGUGGAGGCUCUGCCCUUCAGGGAGUGGACAUGUCCCAACCUGAAGAAGCUGUGGUUGGGGAAGGCCGUGGAGGACAAGAACCGCAGGAUGAGGGCGUUCCUGGCCUGCAUGCGCUCCGACACUCCAGCUAUGCUAAACCCUGCCAACAUCCCCACACCCCUCUUGGUGCUCUGUUGUGUGCUGCGGUUUAUGUUACAUUGGCCGGGAGUAAGAAUUUUGCGUCGUAACGAACUUGACGCUUUCCUAGCCCAAGCACUUUCUCCUAAACUUUAUGAGCCUGACCAGCUGCAGGAACUGAAGAUCGACAAUCUGGAUCCUCGAGGAGUCGAGCUGGCCGCUCUGUUCAUGAACGGCGUGGACAUGGCCAUGUUUGCCAACGACGCGUGCGGACAGCCCAUCCCCUGGGAGCACUGCUGUCCGUGGAUGUACUUUGACGGCAAACUGCUGCAGAGUAAACUCAUCAGGGCCAACAGGGAGAAGGCCCAGCUCAUUGACCUCUGUGAUGGUCAGUCUGAGCUCGUUGCCAAGGUGGAGAGAAUGCGUCAGAGUAUAUUGGAAGGUCUCGGCUUCGCUCGUCCACCUCCCCCUCCUGCAUUCCCCCCGCAACCGCCUCCAAAUCCUCACGGGAUGCCUUUCUACUCCCCCAGCGGCUCCUUCUACCCCCCACUCCCUGUGAUGCCACCUCAGGGGAGAGUUCGGGGGAUGCCUGGACUUCAAGGAAUCUCGUCGCAGGGCGGGAAGCUCGAGAUUGCUGGCACUGUGGUUGGUCAUUGGGCUGGAACUCGACGCGGCAGAGGAAGAGCAGGCUUCCCCAUCCAGGUGGUAUCUGUUGGAGGAGCAAAUAGAGGUCGUCUGCGUGGAGUGAUUUCCACACCUGUCAUAAGGACGUUUGGUCGAGGAGGCAGGUUCCACACUCGGGCCUUCCAUAGUCAAAGCAUGUACCUGAGUAAGCCUGCUCACAAGCUGCCUCAUACAUCCGGACAUGAUGCGCUGAAGGAGGGCAAUAAACCCAAGCAACAGGAGAAGGUGUCCUCCCCUGCACCGUGCGACGACUCCACAACGGAGAACGGUACGGACAGAGAGCAGGAGCAGCUGAAUGGAGAUGAAGAGGAACACAGGGCUCUCGUCCGACCCGAAAGUGCCUUUAGCAGUGACUCCAAGAUGUGCAAUACUAAUCCUCACUUAAAUGCACUAAAUGCAGACGGCGGCUGCCAUAGAGAUGAAGGUCUGGAUGCCGCCGUCUUAAAAAGAGAAGUGUAAGCCUAUUUUUCUAGAGAGGGUGAAGAAUGAAAGAUGGAGCAGCAUUAGGAAUUCGGAAAGCCUACAGUCAAUGUACACCGUUCCUCUCAAAGAUCAGAGAUGAAAUUCAGAUCCCUCUCAGUAAACACACAAUAUAUGACACACUGCUAGGUGCAGGAGUCCCUGGUGAAGCUCCCACGCCACCGCCGUUUCUACAUGUUUAUGCUAAUAAUACUUUUCCUUUUCAUUAGAAUAUUAAAACCUUUAAGAAGCUUUGAUUGGGGAAUAUUUUAGUUCUUAUAGGUCGAUACUUUUCCAGUACUUGUUGGCACCAUGUAUUCUCCACAGUACGGGUAAGUCAGUUUUGUGUUGUCCUGGUAACUGCGUGGUUAACACCCUAAUAUAUAAACAGAAAAGCAAAAUGCAACAUGUCUGCCUUUGGUCAACCACUUUUUAGGUUUUGGUUCAUAAUUUAAGGGGAUGAGCUCCGUGCUGUUUCCAUCAAUCAGCUGUAACGUUUUUGAGAAACGGCUCUAAAAUCAGACGUGAAAGAUUUCGUCAAAUCCUGAAAGAUUUCCUCCCACGUGGAGCUGGAACGAAAACCUUCUGCAUGGUUCACACUUUAACAGUUGUGUAGUUAUUGUGCAUGUCGUCCUUUUUCUUCCCUCUUUACAAGCACGGUGCCCAUUUUCAAAUUAAAUAAAAUGGUUUAUAUCAGUGAUGGCCCAUAAAUGAUGUUAACUGUUAGCAACAGUUUUGUUCUGAUCUUGAUUUUUUUUUUUUUUUGUUGCGAUUAUUGACCUUUGUUGCAAUUAAUUAAAAAAACAAAAACAAGACGCUAUCUAGCUACUUUGAAAGUGUAUUCAUACGAUAUUGUUCCGUUUCUGCAUUAGUCAAAGAUCUGAAGAAAAAUAAUUAAUCAUAUAUAAAGCUUGGAUCAAAAUCACCCCUUUUGUAGCAAAGCAAUGUCCUAACCUUCUCAUGAAGACUUUGUCCAUCACCCAGCAUUUUACUUUAGUGUUUUUACUUCACUCGCACCACUCCACAGCAGAAGCAUCAUUUAACAUGUCCACUUAAUUCUCCUGAAGCUUCUCAUCUUUCAUCAGUUCAGUGAUCAGAGAGAUGGUGUAUUGUGCGCCCCCCUCCCCCCCCGCCCGCAAGAGCCGAAUAGGUUACUUCUAUAUAAGAUGAUCACUUAACUCAUAGAUUGUAAAAGAAUGAACUGCUGUUGGGUUUGUUUGAAUGUUGAUGGAUUGUGGAAAUUGUGUAUUUGAAGGAAACUUGACUACAAUGCUUAAUAAAACUAUAUUCUUUCAGUACAA